AUGGCAUUUGUAGGGUUGGAUAUUUUAAAUGAAAAUUGGCGUCCGAACCUUUGGACCUUAUUCGUGCUGCUGCUGCUGGGGACUUAUCCAAUUUUGGCCCUUCGAUAUAUGAGGAGUAAUAUCGACUCGUUGGAAAUUCUAGCAGAGGCUUUUGCCGCGUUGAUAACCAUAACGGAUGCAUUCUGCGGAACAAUAGAGUUGAUGGUCGACCGAGUGAAAUGGCGGAAUGUCAUGGAAGAAAUACGCGACAGCCGUCGUUUGUUCGCAUCGCUAAAGACGUCUCAGCGCUUGUUCGACGAAUAUUUGAAUCUAAAUGUGAAGUAUGCUAAGGCUUUCUACGUCAUCUACGCGUCAUCUACUUCAACCUAUACGCUAAUGGCCAUCUUUCUUCCGGAUGAGAGAAAAUUCAAUCUGCCUAUUUCUAUUGGGUUUUAUUGGUUGCAUCGAGAAGCGUACCUCUUCUAUCCGGUAAACUUUGUGUAUCAGAUGAUCGGUAUGCUGGUUACACAACACGUUUUGCUGGCUCAGUGUUGCCUGCUGGUGACGUCAGUGAUGUCAGCUUGUUGCCGACUGGACGCGGUAAGGCUCAUGUUGGAAGACUUCAACGAGCGUAUUCGGGGGGCGAAAGAUUCACCGCAAGCCCUUGAACAGUCGCUCAACGAGAUCAUCGAAAUGCACGUACGCUGCAAAGACUUCAUUCGCCGCAUCGAGAAACAUUUCGCCAUAAUGUAUCUGAUUAUAUACGCCACCUGCGGAGGAAUUACCUUCAUGAGUUUGAACGUUAUCUCCCAGAAUAAGUUUUCAUCAACCAGUACGCUGAUGCUGGCAGCGCUUGGGACCAUUUUUAUCCAGUGCUACUUCGGAAAUAGACUACUGAUCGUCAAUGAGCGGUUGUAUCGAGCAGUCUACGAAAUCGAGUGGUAUAAACUAUCCGUCAAGGGGCAGAAAACCUUCAAAUUUUUCCUAACCAAUGCGCAACUUCCAACGCAGCUGAGCGGAGUGCUGAUGCCACUUAAUCUGUCGACAUUUGUUUCGCAGCAACAGCAGCGUCAGCACCGGAGUUGUAAAAAUUGUGUCCCGUUUUGCGUGAUAGUAAAUGUGGCCGGAUGA